AUGGGGCUACUAGACGAAGACAUUGCCUUCCACUCCAACAUACCUGUGCCACUGGAUAUAACCGUGGCUGUGGUCUACUCUGUUUUUGGUGUAUGUUCACUGUUUGGCAAUACCACACUGCUGUACGUCUCCUACAAGAAAAAGCACCUCCUGAAACCAGCUGAGUGCUUCAUCGUCAACCUUGCCGUCAGUGACUUGGGCUUAACUCUGUCUCUCUACCCCAUGGCGAUUACUUCAAGCUUCUACCACAGGUGGCUGUAUGGGAAAACAGUGUGUUCCAUAUACGCUUUUUGCGGCAUGUUGUUUGGGAUCUGCAGCCUGACCACUCUCACUCUGCUAAGCAUGGUGUGCUUUGUGAAAGUAUGUUAUCCGCUCUAUGGUAACAGGUUUAACUCUGUUCACGGGCGUCUGCUCAUUGCCUGCGCUUGGGUUUAUGCCUUGUUGUUUGCCAGCUCCCCGCUGGCUCACUGGGGGAAAUAUGGACCAGAGCCGUAUGGCACCGCGUGUUGCAUUGACUGGCGCCUGUCCAAUCAGCACUCUACAGCACGCUCCUUCACUGUGGCAUUGUUCAUCUUUUGCUACAUCCUUCCAUGUUGCGUUAUUACAGCCUCCUACAUGGGCAUUCUGGUCACAGUGCACGCAUCCCGCAAGAAUAUGGAGCAGCAUGCACCGAGGCAGACACACAUGAGCAGCAUCCAGAGAAUUAUUGUUAAGCUAAGUGUUGCUGUCUGCAUCGGUUUCUUUGCGGCCUGGAGUCCAUACGCUGUGGUGUCCAUGUGGGCAGCCUUUGGACGCAUUGAGAACAUCCCUCCUCUGGCAUUUGCCUUACCAGCCAUGUUUGCCAAGUCCUCUACCAUCUACAACCCAAUCAUCUACCUAAUGCUGAGGCCGAACGUCCGCAGGCUGAUGCGCAGGGACCUCAGUACUCUAUGCCACACAUGUCUAAGGGGCUGCCUCUGCUCCCAAGGGCCAGCUAAGUGCUGCCCCAAGCCUGAAAUCAGGGUCAGACUUCGCACAAUCCAAAGGCACAACAACCACUUCCCUUCAUCCAACUCCUCUGCUCAGCCUCCUGUGAUAGCAGUAAAGGAGCAGAGCUGCGACAAGUGCAAGGAUGUGUUUGAAUGCUUCAGACACUACCCUCAGAUGUGCAGCAUCACUAACUCUGCUGCCAUUGGACUGCCUAAGGAUCAAGACACUCCAGUUCCCCAAACAUACAAGCAGAAGUCACAAAGUGUGUACCACAGGAAGUCUCUGCUGGCUAUCAUGUGUGCAAAAAGGACAUCAGAAAUAGACAACUUCCAUAUUAAUUUAGAGAUGGUUCCAGGACAUGCAAAAGUGGCUUGGCCUUAA